UAAACAUAUGUUCAUUGUUCAAUGUUCAAGCUUUUCACUCUGCUCACUGUGUUGUAACUCGGAUAAGUCGGAUUCCUCCUAGUUAUUUAUUAUUUUUUUUAUUGGUCUCGUGUAUAAUUGCUAAUAAUUACUGUUUACCUUUGCAAAAUGUGAAAAAUUAAAUAUAUUUCCUACCGAAUUCUACACGACUCAGUUUAGGGCCGAGAUUUUACUGUACAAUAUACUGGAUAACUGGAGCCCGUCAAAUUGUUGUUUGAUUAGAGUUUAACAAUCAGAUAGGGUCUUGCUAAUAAAUGUUGAAGUAAUUGUACGACCGAUUCCAAUAUUAGACAUAUCUUGUAUUACAAAAAUAUUAAUUUCCAUCAAAAAUGAGUCGACAUCCAGAAAAUCAUAUCAUGGAUAUUCCUCCUCCUGUAUAUACAAAUGUGGCAAAUAAUACUCAAAUAGGAGAAUCAGAAAAUGGAAAUGUUAAUACUUCUCAGCAAAAUCCAGUUCAUUCACCGACAUCACCACAGCAUUAUGAUGUUCAGCCUCCUAGAUUAGACUUUUCUGCUCCUCCCCCAUAUGAAGACUGCAACCCAGAUUUUGUAAAGCUACCAACUUAUGAAGAAGUGCAAAUGGAAAAGCGAUUAGAAGGAGAAACAUCUCCAAGAUUACCUGGAAGAGUUAUUGGAGGACCUCCUAGCAUCGGACCUUUACCACAAGAUAUACCAGCGCAAACAUUGACUGUUCUCACGAUUGACGCUGCACCUAAUCCGUGUGAAAUGGACACUAAUUUAUUAGGCACAGACUACAUGUUUUUGACUGCAUUUUUGGUGGCUUUGCUAUUCAAUUGGGUGGGUUUUUUGGUGUUAAUGUGUUUGUGCCAAACUGUAGCAGCUCGUUAUGGAGCACUUGCUGGAUUUGGAUUAUCAUUAGCAAAAUGGACGAUGAUAGUUAAACGAAAUACUGAGAUGUCUGAUUUAUCACCAGAAAGUCGUUCAAAUACGUGGCUUUGGUGGUUAGUUAUGGCAUUUGGAUUUUUAAUUUGUAUUCGUGCUGUGAUACAAUACAUGAAUAUCAAACGUGGUUGGAGAUUGCUUAGUGUCCCUGCACAAGAACGAGUGUUAUAUUUUUAUUAAAUUUUUGAUCUGCUGGUAAAGUAAAGUAUAUGCAAUAUUUAUUUAAGUAUUUAAAUUUAUUUUUGUUCAUGUUUUAUUUUAUUUUUGAAGUCAUAAGAAUAUUAUUAAAAAAAAAAAUAAUUACUUAACAUAAAUUGCAAGUAUUUAACCUUUGACAACACACGCAGACACCAAUUUAAUUGCAAAAAUGUUAAAAUUAGCUUGAGUACCAAAUACAAAAGUAUAUAAAAUUCUCCAAAUCUUUUGUGUAUUAAAAUAACAAAAGAAGGCACAAAAAUAAUGCAAAUUAGCACAAUGGAAGUAGAACUUCAUGUAAGAAGUGAAAAGACAAUUAAGUUUUAUGAUGACAAAGAAGUUAAAAAUGGUUUAAGACUGUUAAAAAUCCAAUAAGCUGGUUGAAAAUAGUUUAUUUUGAAGAGAUAAUAUGACAACAAUAGAAUAUAUAUUAUAAAUCAUUAAACAUUCCGAUGUACAAAUGUGGUGAAAUAUUCCCGCAGAAAUUAAAUCAAGACAUAUUCUUGUUUUGCUUACCUACUCGUGUAUAUAUUAAACACCACAACAUUUACUUAAUAUAAAUAUUUCAGUAACCACUAAAUGUAUUAAAUAAGACAAGGCCCUGUUGAUAUAAACCAGGAGAAGGGGGGUAAAGUCAAAGGUCAGUCUGAUUAUUUUUUUAAAUUAAAAUUAACUAAAAUCGUGGGGAAGCAUGCUUUCCCCCUCCACUACUGCAGGUGCUCUUGAAACAAAAUAAGAAUAUUAUUGAGUGGUACACUAAAAUAUAUAUAUUCUAAAUAUAAGAAUUGAACUAUUUUAAUGAAGUUAUACAUUUUUUUAAUUUUUAGAUUUAUGAUCACUGAUUAUAUAAAUUAUAAACAAUUAAAUAUAAUAUUAUAAUAUAAUAUUUUUAUCUGAAGUGUGUUAUCA